AUGUUCGAAGGCUUCAAAAUAACCAAAUUACAUCUUAAAUUUUGGAUUAUAAUAAUAGUACUUGCAUUCAUAGUGGAAAUGUGCAUUGUGCCCUGGUUAUUUUUAGAUAAAAUCAAGAAGGGUGGGAGCGCCGGGAGAAGGCCUCCCACAGAGAUCGAUCCAGACACUCGUGUUCCGUCUGAGGGACCGGAUGGUUUUUCAGUUGCCACUUACUAUUCCAAUUGGUCCCCGUAUAAUGCAAGAAACCACAAGCCGGCUGAUAUUCCAACAAGCCAGUUGACGCAUGUAUAUUAUGCCUUUUUUGUGGUGGAUGCUAAGUCAGGAGCUGUUAAAUCUAGUGAUUCGUGGUCAGACUUUGAGCUGCCUUUGAGUGUGGGUGUAAAAGGUUGCAUCAAAGAGCUUCAAAAAAUAAAAUUAGAGUCAAAGCACGAAUUCAAGACUAUUUUAUGCCUUGGUGGUUGGUCCAACAGAGAGGCCUAUAAGAAAAUUGCCAAGUCAGAGAAAAAGGUGAAGAAGUUUAUUGAAACAGCGGUGGAUUGUAUGUUCAGGUAUGGGUUUGAUGGAAUAGACUUGGAUUGGGAGUUUCCCGAGGAGGACAGUAAUGAACCGAUAGUUUAUUUAGAAAUGAUGAGAGGAAUAAGAGAAGGUAUGGAUCAGUUAGAAAGACAAAUUUUUGGUUCACCCGCUGAAGAGAAGGACCAUCCACAUUUCCAACUUUCUGUAGCUACCCCUGCAUUUGCUGAAAAAUUAAAUAUACUACCUAUAUCUGAGAUGUCAAAAUAUGUUGAUAUCUGGAAUAUGAUGUGUUAUGACUUUCAUGGAGAAUGGUCAGAUGUAACCGGAUAUCAUAGUAACUUGUACCUUCAGGGACAUUCCCACAGGAGAAGUUUGAGUAAUAGAAUAUCAAACAGUUCUCUUUCAUCAGACACCGCAGUGAAACUUAUGACCGAUAGACAUAACAUAUCUUCACGUAGAAUAGCACUUGGUAUGGCGGCCUAUGGACGUGGUUUCACCAAUGUCGAAACAAAUGAUGAUAAUUAUCUUGGCAAGAAAUAUCACGGAGUUGGGGGUGGAUCUGAGGGUGAGCCAGGGAUUUGGUUAUAUAAUCAACUACCGAUCGAUGGUAGCAAGGAACAGUUUGACUCAAAUGCAGUCUCAGCUUACUGCUUUGAUCCUAAAUCCAGAACAUUUGUGGGGUAUGACAAUGUUCAAUCCAUGGAUAUCAAGGGAAAAUACAUCAAGAAGAAAAACUUGAACGGUGGAUUUUGGUGGGAAUCUUGUGGGGAUUCCAAAGACCCCAGGAAGUCACUAGUUAACGCAUUUAGUAAGGAAAUUGGCCUGUCUGAAGGCUUUGUAUCAUUGUUCAAAAGCGAUAAAGUAAAGCAAUUUCAUUUACAAAAGUACCCCAAGGAUUAUAUUUCAAGUCUUUUCCAGAAGCUCUAA